GUGUAUAGGGAUGGGGUGGGGAAGAUGCAGUCACAGCUACCCCUGCGUGACCCUGAGCCUCGCCCGCAGCAGCUCGCUGUCCCGGGGCACCAGAACAGAAACCCGAGAAGGCAGGCUACGUCGGGGCUCCCGUCGGUCCUGGGAAGGCUUAGAAGGCCCGCUGGUCCGUCCCCAGCGGGGCGGCCUCCUUUCCCACAGUCCCCGCCCGCGGAGGGUAUUCCCAGACUCUCGGCGCCCCGCUCCAGCCAGAGGGGCUGUGACCCUGGGGCAUGGCAGGCCCCAGCUAGACGCCGCUGCGCUGGGCACGCUCCCCGUGCGCAGUGGCCGCGGUAGAUUGUCGCCCUCUUUCCCGGCCCCGGCUGCAGAAAUGGAAAAUUCGGGAAUAGUUAUAAGUAGCUGUAUCUCUCAAGAGGAUGACAGUCGCUACAAUACUAAGCAACGCACAUCAAUCUCUCAGGAGCUGCUUUUAGAAGAUGAGAUGAGAAGAAAACUCAAAUUUUUCUUCAUGAACCCUUGUGAGAAAUUCUGGGCUCGGGGUAGAAAGCCAUGGAAACUUGUCAUACAGAUUUUAAAAAUUGCGAUGGUGACAAUCCAGCUGGUUGUUUUUGGGCUGAGCAAUCAGAUGGUCGUUGCCUUCAAGGAAGAGAACACAGUAGCCUUCAAACACCUCUUCUUGAAAGGGUACACAGACCGAAUGGACGAUACUUAUGCUGUGUACACACAAAUGGAUGUCUACGACCAGAUUUUCUUUGCUAUUCAACAGUAUGUACAACUCCAAAACAUUUCGGUUGGAAAUCACGCCUAUGAAAACAGGGGAGCUAAACAAUCCACUAUGGCAAUCUGUCAACAGUUCUACAGGCGAGGCAGCAUCUAUCCUGGAAACGACACCUUUGAUAUUGACCCAGAAAUUGAAACUGAUUGUUUUUAUGUAGAUCCUAUGCAGCCCUUUGAUAUAGGAACAUUAGAAGAAAUGAAACUCAACUUAACUCUGGACUUCCACAGGCUCCUGACUAUAGAGCUGCGGUUUAAGCUGAAGGCCAUCAAUCUUCAGACUGUCCGUCACCAUGAGCUCCCUGACUGUUAUGAUUUCACCCUGACUAUAAUUUUUGACAAUGAAGCUCAUAGUGGAAGAAUUAAAAUCAGUCUUGACAAUGAUAUUGCCAUCAGGGAAUGUAAAGAUUGGCACGUAUCUGGAUCAAUACAGAAGAAUACUCAUUACAUGAUGAUUUUCGACGCCUUUGUCAUCCUGACUUGCUUAACUUCGUUAAUUCUCUGCACCCGGUCGGUGGUUAAAGGAAUUCAACUCCAGCGGGAAUAUGUCAACUUCUUCCUCCUCCGUUUUAAGAAGGAAGUUUCCAUUACUGAUCAAAUGGCAUUUGUUAAUGGAUGGUACAUUUUGAUUAUUGUCAGUGACAUGUUGACUAUUGUUGGCUCGGUCCUGAAAAUGGAAAUUCAAGCUAAGAGCCUCAGCAGUUACGAUGUUUGUAGCAUCCUUCUGGGGACCUCAACGAUGCUUGCGUGGCUCGGAGCCAUUCGCUAUCUUGGUUUCUUCCAGAAGUACAAUCUCCUCAUUCUGACUCUUCAGGCAGCAUUACCGAAUGUCAUUAGAUUCUGCUGCUGUGCUGCCAUGAUCUAUCUCGGCUACUGUUUCUGCGGCUGGAUCGUCUUGGGACCUUAUCAUGUGAAGUUUCGGUCGCUGAAUAUGGUUUCCGAGUGCCUUUUUUCUCUCAUAAAUGGAGAUGACAUGUUUGCCACAUUUGCAAAAAUGCAGCAAAAAAGUUACUUGGUUUGGUUGUUUAGUCGGAUCUACCUCUACUCUUUCAUCAGCCUCUUUAUCUACAUGGUUUUAAGUCUCUUCAUUGCCUUGAUUACUGACACCUAUGAAACAAUUAAGCAUUACCAACAAGAUGGCUUUCCAGAGACUGAACUGCACACAUUUAUGUCUGAAUGUAAAGAUCUGCCCAACUCUGGUAGAUACGGGUUGGAAGAAGAAACCAGGAAGUCUCUCUUUUGUUGCUGUAAAUCGUCUUAAUGAUGAAAUCCUUGAAGCUCUGAAAUCUCCCUGAUAUUAUCAAGUUUCAUGAUCAGCAAUAAUGACUGAAUGUGUUUGAAAUGGAAGGUUUUAAAGAAAAGUGAAUAUAGAAUAUUUUACAUAUGUGUAUGUGUUUAAACAAACCCAGAAAAGUAGAAAAUAAAUGUUAUGUUCUUCAGGUUACAUCUUCCUAGGCCUAUAAGUUAUGGUAUUUGUAUUAUAAUCAUUAUUAAAUUGCACAGAGAUGGAGUAAAUAUGUUGAAAUUGUGUGGUUCAGAUUGCUGGAGAGGCAGCUUGACAUAGGGGAUGAUGUCCAGGAAGGCCUACCUCUGAAAUAUUGCCAUUAUAUGAUCAUAGGCAUUUCAUUUAAUUUCUCAGUGUCCCAGGAAACUCCUUAACCAAGAGUACAAUUUUUUUAGAAUUCCGUUUUUAUUUUCAGUUUCAAAUCUUUUCCUCUCCCUUUAACUCCCCCAUCCAUUGAGAAGGCAAGAAAAAGUGAAAACAUUAUAAAUAUGUAUAGCAAGAUCACAAAUUACAACCUGUGCUAUUGAAGGACAUUUCCACAGUGAGAAACCAUAUCAAUGGGAAGAUAAAAAUCAUUUGAUUAGUUCAUCUCUACUCUCUUUUUAUCCCCCUGGGUCUUCUGGAGAAGGAGCAAUACUACAGAAAUGUCCAUGGUGUUUAGAUGGAAUAGAUUCAAACAGAAAACACUGACUUUAGAGGGCUAGGACUAGGUUUUUGUCUUUGGAUCCCCAAGGCCUAGAAAAGUUCCUUGGUACAUAGGGAACAGGAACAGUGAAUGGUCCUGUGAUUUUAUUAUGGUAGAGAACUCCAAGAUGAAGAAACUCCUCCUACCUAAUGUAGAUUAGUACCUUCUUUAAAAUGGAAAGUCUUAGAAAACUGUCCUAUAAUGAGAGUUAUGUGACUUGCCCAGGAUCAAUUAAUUAUCAAAAGUCAGAUUUGAGCCAACUUGAACUUGGCUUGAAGCCUAUUCUUUAUCCAGAUCAUAUCUCAUCUGGCACAUAGAUGGCAUUUAAUAAAUGUUUUUGAAUAUAAUUUAAUUGGAUUAUAAAUUUGGAGUUUGAAUUACCCUUCUGGGCUUGAGCUGCUGGUUGGGGAUCAUGUUACCUUGCUGGGUUUAUUUUUUCUCUAUUCUAUUCACCCCCUUCUCCACAUGCUUAGCUUCCUUAAGAUGAUAGAAGUCCAUGAUGAGGAGAGAAUAAUAAAUUUCAAUAGUAAUGUCCAUUGCCAAGAGAGGUGAUGGCCUCUUAUAGACUGAGAUUCUGUCUAGGAACUGUGGAAGUGAUCAUUAAAUAUGCUUUUAGACUUGGAUUCAAACUGAAAUGUUCUGGUAUGAAUGACAGAUAAAUAAUAAUAAUAACUAGCAUUUAAAUAGCACCUUUGCAC